AGUUCCGGAGGGAGGCCGGGGCCGGGCCGGGGCCUGGCCUGCGGCGGCGCCGCCAUGGCGGAGCCCAGGGAGGCGGGCGCCGAGGCGCCACCGGGGCCCAGCGGGCUCAGCGUCCUCCCAGGAGAGGCGGCCGAGGAGCCGGCGCCGCAGGAAUCGGUGCUACUUCUCGGAGGCAAUGAAGUGAAGAGUAGGGCCGUGGUGAAGUAUUCAUCUGCCCCUCCCCGUGCCGCCUUUGCCCGUCUCGAGGAGAAAACGGACCUAAAGCUUCCACCUGCCAACUGGCUACGGGAAAGUGCCAAACUUGGCCCAGCAGGAACCACCAUUCUGGGCAACAGUAAGAGGAGCAAGCCCUUUUCGAGCUUCGGUAUGGCAUAUGACUUCAUUGACUCUGUUGGAAAUGAUGUGGACGUUGUGUCUGAUUCAGAAAACAUCAAAAAGCUCCUGAAGAUCCCCUACAGUAAGUCCCAUGUCAGCAUGGCGGUGCAUCGCAUCGGAAGGACUCUUCUUCUGGAUGAGCUGGAUAUUCAGGAGCUCUUCAUGAGGUCAUCCCAGACCGGAGAUUGGACGUGGCUCAAGGAGUUCUACCAGCGGCUCAUCGAUCAGAAGUGGCAGCGGAAGAAGAAAAGCAAAGAACACUGGUACCAGAAGGCAAUUCUCUCCAAGUUCUUAUAUUACAGCAUUAAUGGCGAUGGUGCCGCUCAGCCUGUCCCAUCUGCGGCAGAGCCAGGAGCCCCUUCCAGUCCAGAUCAGACACAUGAGGACACUGAAGGGGCUUCCUGGCCAGCCCCUUUUGAGAUGCCAUCCUCUGUUUCUGAUGAUCCAAGUGCGUCUAAUCAGGGAAGUGAGCCUCUUGAACCCUCAUAUAUAGUGGGGCAUGUGGCCUCAGCCCCAAAAGAACAAAACCUGACUACUUUAUUCAAUGACGGUGAGAACAGUCAGGGUCUUAAGAAUGACUUUGUUCGGAAUAUCUUAUGGACCUUUGAAGACAUACACAUGUUGGUAGGCUCAAACAUGCCCAUCUUUGGGGGAGGACGGUAUCCUGCUGUCAGCUUACGCCUCAGGGAUAACAACAAACCAAUUAAUGUACUAACUGGAAUUGAUUAUUGGUUGGACAACCUAAUAUGCAACGUGCCCGAGCUGGUGAUGUGUUUUCACGUGAACGGUAUCGUGCAGAAAUAUGAAAUGAUCAAGACAGAAGAGAUUCCUAAUUUGGAGAACUCCAAUUUUUCUACUAAAGUGAUAAAAGAUAUUGCACAGAAUAUUUUGUCGUUUCUGAAAUCCAAUUGCACCAAAGAAGGGCACACCUACUGGCUGUUUAAAGCCAGUGGCAGUGACAUCGUCAAGCUCUACGACCUCACCACCCUUUGUGAAGAAACUGAGGACAAAUAUCAGAACCCCUUCACAGUGCCUGUGGCCAUUCUCCUGUACAAGGUUGCUUGCAACAUGAUGAUGAAGAAAAAUCAAAAUAAGAAACACUAUGGAACAAUCAGAACAUUGCUUCUUAAUUGUCUGAAGUUACUGGACAAGGGAAGACACCCUCAAAUUAUUGCUUCGGCCAAUUACAUGCUUUCCGAGCUCUUUCAGUUGGAUGAACCUAAAAAGGAAGAAAGUUCGGAGUCUCCUUUAAAUGAGAACUCCGAUGAAAGUUACAGUGAGGAAGAGGAGGAGAUGCCGGACAGUGAUGAGAACGGGGCCUAUGGCUCGAGCGCCGACCCUCCUGAUGACAAGAAAGCUGUGGCCGUGAUUAAGUCUGUGGGAGAAUUGUCAGUGCCUGAGAAAUAUAAAUCCAUUCAUCAAAUCCGACCCAGCUGUGCUUUCCCCGUUUGCCACGACACCGAGGAGCGCUGCAGGCUUGUGCUCAGCUACGUUCUAGAGGGUUUAAAAUCUGUGGAUAGCAGUAUCAAAAGAGAAAGUGACCUCCCUGCUGCCGACCCCAGCACCCCGAUCCCAUUAAAAUACGAAGAUGAAUCGGCCAGCGGCGGCCCCGAGUGUCUGGAGAAGCAGAUGGCCUUGUUUUUAGACAAAAUGGGCUCCCUCCAGGAAGGCCACUGUUCCAGUCAGUCCGGAAUGACCCCAGGGUCUUGGCAACAUAAAAUGAAGCUGCAGCUGAUUCUCAAGUCAUCCAAGGCUUACUACGUCCUAUCAGAUGCUGCAAUGAGCCUGCGGAAGUAUGGACGGGCCUUACGCUACAUUAAGCUGGCCUUGCAGAGCCAUGAUACUUAUUGCUGCCUCUGCACCAAUAUGCUUUCUGAAGUCCUCCUGUUUCUUUCUCAGUAUUUGACUCUUUGUGGUGAUAUCCAGUUAAUGCUUGCGCAGAAUGCCAAUAACAGAGCCGCGUACCUGGAGGAAUUUAACUAUCAGACUAAGGAGGACCAGGAGAUCCUGCACAGCCUGCACAGGGAGUCCAGCUGCCAAGGGUUUGCUUGGGCGACUGACCUGUCGACAGACUUAGAAUGCCAACUUUCAGUUAGCUGCAAAUGCUAUGAGGCUGCUAAUGAAAUUUUGCUGUUUAGUGAUUUAAAAAGCCAAAACCCUGAGCACUAUGUGCAGGUGUUGAAGAGAAUGGGGAACAUUCGGAAUGAAAUCGGCGUCUUCUACAUGAAUCAGGCUGCCGCCAUCCAGACCGAGAGAGUGGUGAGCAAAAGUGUGUCAGCAGCGGAGCAGCAAUUGUGGAAGAAAAGCUUCUCUUGUUUUGAGAAGGGAAUUCACAACUUUGAGUCAAUUGACGAUGCCACCAACGCCGCGCUUUUACUCUGCAACACGGGCAGGCUCAUGCGCAUCUGCGCCCAGGCUCACGGUGCCGCCGCUGCCGCAGCUGGCGGUGAGGACGCAAGGCGGGAGUUCUCUCCUGAAGAGGCGCUCUACUACAAUAAGGCCAUCGAUUACUACUUGAAGGCCCUGCGGUCACUAGGCUCGAGAGACGUGCACCCUGCAGUGUGGGACUCGGUCAAUUGGGAGCUCUCCACCACUUACUUCACCAUGGCGACCCUCCAGCAGGACUACGCCCCGCUGUCCAGAAAGGCUCAGGAGCAGGUUGAGAAGGAAGUUAGUGAGGCGAUGAUGAAAUCUCUCAAAUACUGUGAUGUCGACACAGCGUCAGCCCGACAGCCACUCUGCCAGUACCGGGCUGCGACGAUCCAUCACCGGCUGGCGUCCAUGUACCACAGCUGCCUGAGAAACCAGGUCGGGGACGAGCACCUCCGUAAGCAGCACCGGGUCUUGGCUGAUCUCCACUACGGCAAGGCCGUGAAGCUCUUCCAGCUGCUCAAGGAUGCUCCGUGUGAGCUGCUUAGGGUGCAGCUCGAGAGGGUGGCCUUUGCCGAAUUCCAGAUGGCAAGUCAGAAUAGCAGCGCGGGAAAAUUAAAGACCUUGUCUGGCGCCCUGGACAUAAUGAUGAAAGCCGAGCGUGCAUUCCAGCUGAUCAGGAAGGAGCUCGUGGAUGAGUGUGACCAGGGCAAGAGUGACACGAGCAGCUCGGCCCCCGACCCCUCGGCUGCAAGCCUCCCCCGAGAAGAAGUCGUGAAGCUGCUCAGCAUCUUCGAGUCCCGCCUGGCCUUCCUCCUGCUGCAGUCCAUCAAGCUGCUGUCUUCGGCCAAGAAGAAAGUGAGUCACGGCGAGGAAGAGGAGGCGCUGCUCAAGACCAACAAGCAGAUAUACUCCCAGCUCCUGAGGGCCACUGCGAACCAGCACGCUACCCUCCUGGAGAGAAUUGACGUGAUCCUCCACCUGAUGGGCCAGCUCUCCGCUGGCAAGGAGGCCAGUGAAGCCACACCACCACCCCCCUGACUGGCCUGACCAGCCCAUCGCAGAGCGUGAUCAGUGCCUUGUAACCACGGGGGCUGGGGCUGUCUGUCCAUCUGUCCAUCCGUGUGGUGCUUAGUUUAAUUUACAAUGAGAGAGGCGCUGUGUCCUGACCUUGGGGGAAGGACGGGAGAGACCUUUGCCUCGUCCCAGGACAGACUCUGAUCUGGUUGGGAGGGGCUGGCGCUCAAGGCGCUGAGAUAGGGGCCUGGUCUGGCGCUCCUGAAGGCCUGGACAGACUCAUCGUGAUCCUGUGACUCUAAACUCUCUCUCCUACGACGGGGCGAGCUGGGGCCCUGACAGAGCAGGGAGAAGCCACAGGUGGGAGGAAGUGGCGGGUCAGCCUUGGUCCGAGCAGUGUUCUUGGAGGACGUCCGGGAGCUGCCCACAGAGCCCAGACACGUUUUCUUCUCCCAUGCAGUUAUGACCGUGCACAAACAGGUGCCUUUUGUACCUUCAAGACAGGAGUUUUCAAACACAAUUUGGCUGUUGGGCAGUUUGCUUGAUUCUCUCACGCUCCAAAAGUCUUAGCACUACUCUGACUUAAUAUGGCAGUUGAUCAAGAAAGAAGAUGCUAUUACCCCUCUUUUCUUUUUGAACUUGAAACUGUGAAUAAAAGGCAAGAAAGAUAUUUUAAAUAAAUACAUUUAUUUAUU